GCCCAUUUGAUUCGCGGGAUUCGCCUAAUCGCUGCAGCCCGUUACUUUGUGCGCAGUCGACUUCUGACACAUGAUGCACGUGUAUGUCGAGUUGUAGAGUUGUCCUCGAUGCCGGAGUGCAGCAUAGAUCGUGUCAGGAAAAAAACGCAGGUUUCGGGUCAGGAUGGAGGCGAAACAGUUUUACAACCAGUCCAUCAGUCCCUUGGUGACGAGGAGUUUCGCCUGCAAGUGGUCCGAGGAUAAUCGGCUGUCCAUUGUCACAGAGAAAGGCGUCCAGAUUAUCGAAAUAGUACCAUCUGCAACACAGGCUAGUCCAAUUUUACACCUGGCUCGCUCAUUCUUCAAUCCACCAGAGGCAAUGCCCUGUGCACAAUACGAGAAAUAUGUGCUUUCUAAUAUCUUUGAAUGGCCCAAAGAGGAGAUCUACUCGUAUUUCCUACAAGAUGCUCUCACACCCACCUUUCCCAAGGCUCUUCCAGCGACUGCAGAUAUCGUUGAUGUUUUUUGGUCUCCAUGUAGAUUGCUGCAUCCCUUAGAGUGUCUUUUAGCUGUAGUCACUACUACCGGAGCAAUACAAUUAGUUGCACAGAUUGACAGAACCUGGAUAUUGAUCUAUGAAUUUAAUGCAGUAUUAGCUGAGAACAUAGAAGAAGAUAUUCAGCAAUUAAAGUGUAAUAAGAAGAUAGACAGCCAAGAGUUAAAAGAACAGCUUUAUCGAUUGCUCGUGACUACUGCUACUUGGAGUUGUUUGUAUCAGACUCCUGAUAAAAAAUGCUUUGCUUAUUUAGUCACAGCGCAAAGAAGCUCAGAGAUUGCUGUUUGGAAAGUUGAUCAGUUAUCUAAAGAGAGCAUUGACUUGGAAGCAAAUAUAACAGGCGUAGAGCUGAAAUUUAUAAAGAAAGUCAACAGUGAGAGUAUAAAAAUUAAUACUCUACUUUGGGUGAAUUUGAGUGAUAAGAGUUAUCUUUUAUUUAUUGGAUAUUUCAAUGGGCACAUUGCAGUUCUUAAAUUAGAGGAGCUGGAAGAUGGUGUAACUUCUUCUUCAUGUGAAACAUGUUAUUCAGAAGAUGAUGGUAUUCCUGUAGACUAUUUGAAUCUCUUGCAACAAACAGAUGACACCUUAGAAAUUCUUGUAAUAAGAGGAAUGUAUUUAAUUAUUCUUGUUGUGGAUAUCACUGGAAAAUUUAUCAGCAUGAAAUUUGUUGCCAGUCCAGGAUUUUCAAUAACAGGUGUGUCCAUUGUCAAUUCUGACAUCAUAUUAAUUGCAACGCAAGACGGUAAUCUAUAUGUGAUCAAUAAAUCUCAGAACCAGGAAGAGUUGAUAUGUACUCCCAUAAAAUUGGAUGUUACAAAAAGUCUCGUACAGUAUCUUGGUCUAGCGAGUUCGCCAAACAAAGUUAUAUCAACAUUCAUUACAAGUCCCAACAUAGUCUUUGACCAUCUGAUCAGUAGAGAACCUAGCACCCUUUGCUUCUUCAACAUAAUCGAUCUCCCUUUAUUCGAUCCGCUAGAUACCUUGUACAGAAAUAAAGAAGAAUCUCUGAUGAAUUAUUGGGACUGUCUGGAACUGAUAAAAGUCAACGCAAUAAAAUCCAACAACCCGAUGGAAAUUAUCCCGCGACUAACGGCAAAUCUUGAAUUUCUGUCCCUCUACAGAAUUCGUAUAGCGUAUUGGAUUAUGACUAUGGCCGAAACAUUGCGCAAGAAAAACGUUUUCGAUGUCAAUCUGAAACUUGCGGAAGAAAUCGAGCAGUGCAAGACUUAUAUAUUCCUGCAUUCGGCUGCCAAUCACCUAAGUCGCUUAGCAAAGCGGGAAAAUCUAAAUAACGUCCAGAAGUUGUGUAUGAGUCUUCUGAGGAAUCAUCUGGACAUAUGGUUGGCAGGUGAAGAAGAGGAAGCCGACACUCCUCUUUCGGAACACGUGAAGGAAGUUCUGGAAGCCACGAGUCAGCUGUAUCUAACUGAGCAAGAAAAAUGCAAUUUCUGCGACGUCCUCAUCACAGAGCCGUGGGCCUUGUCUUGCUCCAAAGGUCACAAGUUGCCGAGAUGCGCGUUGACUUGUUUACAGGUGACCUGUACGAAAUAUAGGACGUGCUUGGUAUGUAAUGAAAUUUUUCAUCCCUGUUUGGACGAGGAGUUCAACGAAGUCAGGUGUCUAUAUUGCGACCUGCCGGCGACAUACAAGAAUCGGCUGUUGGACAGUUUUCUACAGACAUCUAAGAAAAAUUUAUCUAGGAGAAAACCGUUGGCUGCGAGUAACAAGGAUUCGAAGGAGGAAGAUAUCUGAUUUUUUACCGUGAACAAAGCCGAAGUUAACAUAAUUUUUAUUUCAUUGAUUGCAGACUGUAUAUUUUCAGUUGAAAAAAUGAAAUGGUAAAUAGUAAAGGUUUAAAAGUUCAGAUAAAAUUAAUUUUACUUCGCUAUUGUAAAUAGGAAUCUGUGACUUAUUUUUCUACUUAUAAUGUGAAAAAAAAUGUAUAUACUUUUCUAUUAUGCAAAAAGUAUUUCGUAAGACGUGUAAAUAUUUCGGUAUAGCAAAAUAAAUAAUUUAUUUCCACCGACAAUAAA